AUGAGUAGCUACCUACCCCUUGUAAACGAUAAGCUCACGGUCCAUAACAUCAAGCCAUACUCUGUACGGAUUGAGUCUAAAGCAACACGCCACGUUGUCGAUUUUUUCUGCUUGUACAAGACUUCAGGCUCGCUAUACCAAGCUGUCGCACCUAAGGAAGUACAUAAACGGCCUUCAACUCACAAGAAGAAUGAUCUGGCAGCGGAAGAAUAUUUACUUCUUGCAUGCAUAAUCUGUACCCCGUAUGGAUUUGGACACAACACAAUAGAAGUAUCCCUCGAACGAAAGAACCACGCAUUAAGUCACAGGAUGUAUAUCGGUUUAAAUCAGCUGCAGGUUUUGGACGAAUCGAGAGUCCUUAGGGCUUCGGAAGCAUCAAUGCAUGAAAAAUGCUCUUCACUGCGGCAGCACAACACUGCUUUCCAAACUCUCGAAAUUUUUCCUGCUCCAGGUUGUCGUCAGUGUUUGUAA